GGCCAGUUGAUUUAGUUCGGUCAAUUAUCAAUAAAGUAAAAAUGCGCAUCUUCUUCCUCGUUGCACUGCUCGCCAUGGUGGCGCUGGUGGCUGUCCAGGGACGUCGUCCUCCGGGAGGUCAGGGCCCACCUCAGGGCUCGGGAGGUCAGGGACCCCCGCAGGGACCUCCUCAGGGACCUUCUCAUGGACCUCCUCAGGGACCUCCCCAGGGACCACCCCAGGGACCUCCUCAGGGCGGCAACUCUUCCUCCUCCCAGGAGUCGUCCGAGGAGAGCUCCAGCGAGUCCUCCAGCGAUGCGUCUGCCUAGGACAAUCGCCAAGUCCUGAAACAAAAACUUAAAACUCUUUGAAUAAAGAAAAAUAUUCUGUUUAUUUCAAAACGAAA